GAUUGUGUCCGUCAGUCGUGUCCGCUACCUCGAGCGGGUGAAGGCGUUUGUGAUUUUGGUGAUUUUGCUCUGUAUCGAACAGUCGGCUAGAAUGAUGCAGCGACCGUAACAGGGUAAAAUCCGUUUUUUUUUUGGUUCGCACAGCUACAAAGUGUGUCUGUGUAAGCCUAAUGUCCUACGCUGGAGGAUAUGUAUUUUUGAAAACCUUUCAUUUGUGCGGGUGAAUACGGAACCCAUCUUUAUAUAGAUUUUCUCGGAACGUGCGCUGAAAGAUCUGCAACGGUGGAACCAUGUACGGAAUGCUACUGGAGAGUGUUCAACAUUUUGUACAGUUGGAGUAUGGAGAAUUCGUUUGGCGUCAGGCCCUACUCACAACGGGAUGCAAAAAUACAGUAUUCAACACACACCAGCUUUACCCGGAUAAUUUGAUACCUGACCUUGCAGCAGCACUUUCGGCUAUAACAGGAAAACCGUUCGAUGAGUUUAUGAUAUUUUUCGGACGUUGUUUCGUUCGAUUCUUUAGUAAUUUCGGUUACGAUGAGUUGAUCAAGGCAACAGGUCGCUAUUUCUGCGAUUUUCUACAUUCAGUGGAUAACAUUCACCUGCAGAUGCGCUUUACUUAUCGCAAGAUGAAAAGCCCAUCUAUGCAGCUGACGGAAGUGGAUGAAAAUGGUGCCGUACUGGUGUACAGAAGCACACGGACCGGAUUCUCGAAGUAUCUUCGAGGGCAGCUUUUGGAAAUAGCCAAGCAGUUGUACGGAAUGGACGUCAGCAUCAAGGUACUGGAAAGCCAGAACGAUACUCCUGGUGGUACAUCGGGACCAAUUGCACCACAAGGCGGCUUGAAGACGGUUAUCGUAAAGUAUCGGUUGGAUUUUGACAAUCGUGAAUAUAUGCAGCGGCGUGUUCAUAUCAAAGCACAUCCAUCACAGCUACAGUUGACACCGGUGAACAGUAAACUGUUGCUGAAUUUAUUCCCAUUCGCUCUAAUCCUGAACGAGGAAAUGAAAAUUACUGCCGUGGGCGAGAAACUCAUCGAGUCAUGGAUGCUGAACAAUGUGAAUCGAUCACCUACGGAACUGCUCGGGGCAAAAGUAACUGAUCAUUUCAAACUUCGUCGUCCGAGCGGUAUAACGUUCACCUGGGAAAAUAUUAAACGGCUGCAAACUGUUUUAUUUGAGAUACAGCUCCUAAAAGGCUCUUCUGCAAAAGGCACAAAAGACGAGUCGAAAAUAGUCGAUACUAAAACAUCAUUAUCGCAGGUGGAUACGAGCUCCUCGACAGAAGAUGCGGCUAAGAUAAUGACCUCCAUUCCACGGCGGGGCUCUCAAGGGCUUCGCAGCAUUUUGUUGAAAGGUGAAAUGCGUUACAUCAAAGACAUAAACUCCCUUGUAUUUCUAUGCAGUCCCCUCAUCAACAACUUGGAAGAGUUACGUGAAAUGGGACUGUACCUAAACGAUCUCAACCCUCACGGGCUUAGCCGCGAGAUGGUGUUUUCUGGAUUUUCACACUAUUCCCGGCUCGAUUUGAUGUGUGAACGCGAGGAACAACGGGCUGAGGAACUAGAAACAUCGCUUGCCCUCGCUGACUCCUGGAAACGGCAAGGUGAUGAGCUUCUGUACUCAAUGAUUCCUCGCUCGAUAGCCGAACGGUUGCGUGAGGGUCAGAAUCCUCACGAGACCUGUCAGAGCUUCGAAGAGGUGACAGUACUGUUCGCCGAGGUACAGGAAACGAUCACUGGUGAUGAUUCGAUCAAGUACGCCAUGACCACGGUAAACACAUUGAACGCUGCUUUCAGUGCGUUUGAUGAGUUGAUCCAUUCACCGAUGGCCUAUAAAGUGGAGACCGUUGGAAAGGUGUACAUGGCGGUGAGUGGAGCUCCGGACAUAAAUCCAUUUCAUGCGCAGCACAUGGCUGAUCUGGCAUUAGAUAUGCUACACAGUAUACGGCAGCUUAAUCUACCUGGAGUAGGAGUCAAAAUAGGCUUUCACUCUGGGCCAAUAGUGGCCGGAAUCGUAGGAUUGAAGGUACCGAGGUAUUGUCUUUUCGGUGACACGGUAAAUACGGCUUCGCGGAUGGAAAGUAGCGGAGAGACGGAUUGCAUCCAGGUGUCUGGAUACACUGCACAAAAGCUCAAAAAGCUUGGAUAUGUACUGGCGUAUCGUGGAAAGGUAGCCGUCAAGGGUAAAGGAGACAUGGAGACGUUCUGGCUACAAGGACCGCCGCAAAAAAAGAAAUAAAAAUGUAGUGUGGACCAGGUCGUGCCUUUUGCAGCGAGUAUUGUAGAAUGUUCUUCAAAAGAAACUGUGGAUUGUUUUAACGAAGCGUCUUAGUAUAGUGGUAUAUUUAUUGUUACGUGUAAUUUCACCAAGACACUUUAGAGUUUAACAGGCUAUAUGCGACCACACAAAUAAAUGCAACGAUUUAUGAUCUUCAAA